AUGUGCAAAAUCCUAUUUUUCCUCUUUUCUCAAGUUUUCUCAACACUUAUCUAUAAACGUGAAGUUCCUUUCGAUUUCUUGGCUACCCGAACUCGACCAGUCACAAAAUUCUAUGAAUUCAGAGAAUUUUUCGGAGAUUCUAUUCAAACAGCCUAUGAUGAAUAUUGCGCAGGCCCAAAACUUCGCUGCUAUUUUCCAAUCGCUAAACAAAAUAAUACCCUGGCAUACACUAUGCUAACCGAAACCCCAAAUUAUAAUUGCUCAUCUUUUCCAUAUUGCAUAGGCUUCAAUCAAAGUCAAUAUCAAAACUAUAGUAUAGUCUUCAGUGACACCGAUGUUCUACCCGAAGAUUUUAUUUUGCCAAAUUGCACCACCUCCGAGUUCUCCUUCACCAGACCAAACGGGUUCAAUUGGUGUUUUAAUAUAACUCGUGUUGAGCUAACUCACAAAGAAGCUGAAAUACAGUGCAAGUCCCAAAAUGCUUCUUUGAAUGGUUUUCAGACUAUUCAAGAGCAAGAGUAUUUUCAAAGUGUUUUCAAUACGGAAAAUGGGUUAGUGAGUUUGGGAGCUAGAAGAGAUUGUACUGAUGGAUGUCAAAAUGCGGAUAGAACUUUCAAAGAUGUAAGUGUGCUCCAUUGCCACGUCAUGACUAAAUAAUCAAUAAUUUCAGAUGGUCUGGACUUCUAGUAUCAUCUCAACUAAUCAAACUUUGGCCAACAAUAUAAACAGUGUUGAUGUUGACGGAUGUGGUGAUAAUUUAGGUUUGAGCUAUUCCAAUGGCGAAAAUACAUAUUAUGAUCUUACGUAAGUUACAAGGGGGAAUCCUAGUAAAAUAUUGAUUUUUUCAGAGACGGCAAAACUGCGUCCUAUAGUUGUGGAUGGUAUGCUGUGUAA